CGUUGCUUUCGCUGUGCACUUGGGAGCCAAAGCAGCUGGGCUAUCCUUGGCCGUUUCCCGACGAAAUCUGCCGCGACGACCGCAUGACAGAUAGUUUGCGGCCAGCCUCGGCGCACAUGGCUAACCAUGGGCGUCAGCAUUUUGUCCUGACGCUCGUGAAGCUGUCCUUGGGCACCAUCGCCGUGCUCUCAAGUGGCGCUGGCGGCGCGGACGUCACCACGACAUCAACCGAGGAUGGCAGCGCGGAGGUGGAGACGAUGUGGUCCUCUGCUAUCUUACUUGGCGGGCCACCAACGCCAACGCCUGCACCAACGCCAGCAACCGACCCACGCCUGCACCAUUACCGACUUCAAGUGCCGGUAGCACCAACGCCAGCGCUGACCCCUGCGCCCUCUUUUUGUGCCGACGCAGACGAUGGGACAGAACAUGUAGCAGAUGACUUGCGUCGCCGUUGUUGAUUUGUGCAUAGCACCAACCCCGGUGUCUACGCCAGCACCGACCCCAGUGCCCACCCCUGCACCGACUCCAGCACCUACGCCCGCACCUAACACCAGCGCCUACGCCCGCACCAACGCCAGCACCGACGCCUGCGCCAACGCCCGCGCCCACGCCUACACCAACACCAGCGCCAACACCAGCACCAACGCCAGCGCCGGCGGGUCUCAUUGUCGACACGGAAAAGACGGCGAACAUAGAUUUUUUGAUAGUGGGCAUCAUAGUUGGUGCGAUUGCGAUUAUGUGUUGUUGUGUUCGAGUUCUCUUGUACCUCACUUGUGUUGCUUAAGGAAGCUGUGUCCCGAAAUGAUCUCGAGCACGGGACGCCCAGGACAUAGGAUGGGUUGCGCCCAAGGCGCCCCCAAGGAGAAACCCUUUGCCGAUCGACGAAGAAUUCCAAGAAAACAAGUAGUCACGCAUGCAGUCGGCUAUGUCAGCGGGGUCGCAGCAGAGCGGCUGCUCCAAGCCGGCGCGCUGCAGUUCGUCACGCGGUGCAUCGACCAGAACGUCCCCGAGGAGCGAGAUCGGAGCAUCGCCGAGGAGCAAUUUUUCGUCGACAGGUAUGCGAUCGGCUACGUCAUGCGGGAAAUUUCACGUAGUCCGUUGGCUGCCUCAGGCCUGGCGACGCCAGGCUGCCGCGCAGCUGAUCGCGCAGGCUCCACCCAGGCCUCAGGGCUUACGGUUAAGUCCCAGAAAGGUUCUUGCGAAGGCCUGGAGCGCGGAGCGCGCCGGGGGCGGCGCCAGAGGCGCCGUUAUGGUCCCAGCGCCGAACCAAGAACUCCCUGAGGACCUCUGAAAAGGGUAAUGUGUCUUUGGGUUUGGGGCCAACUCGGAAUGCCCCCAGCGACAUUGGCCAUCUUUGCAGGUGCAGCGUUCUGAGGCUUGUGGUGGUGUAGCGUUCUGAGGCAUCACCCGCUUCGCCAUAUGUCUGUCCGACUGCUCUGGGCCUCAGACAACCACUGCAGGAGGAUGGCCAGGCUCUCCCCGCCAGUUUGCUCUAGGCCUUGUACGGCCAUGUGGACUGCAGGCCAGCUGCGCUGCUCUGCACAGCCGAGCUACCUUGGCUGUGCCUUUCUGUUUUUGCUCCCAACCCUCCCUUCCUCCCUUCCUCUGUUUGGGCUUCCUGGCUUCACGGCCCCUUCUUCUGGAAUGGCUCGUUUCGCGGUAGCGCAUCUUUGAGUGAUUCUUGCCGCUGCAAAGCGCUUUGUUUAUAAUCUAUAGCAUUCCCAGCUAGAACUGCCCCACCAGCGAUUUACCAGCAACCUCUGCCCUGCUGAGCUCGGGGCUAUGAUGUUCCAACUAUGCGACUUCUGCUCCCGUCUCUCCCAUUCUGGCGUCCACUUUGCCGACUCCAAUUGUUGUGUAAACGACUGUGGUGUUGGCAUCUCCGACGACUCUUGAUUUCAAGUUUCUUAAAGUAGCCAGACCCCAACAGGGAUGAAACGAACCGCUACCCGGGCAGUGGCGGGAUGAGAUGGGCUGAGGGAUCUAAAUUUGCGUUUAUGCGCGAAGCGCGCACGUGUUUCCAGUCAUUGUGCCACUCGCGCCAAUGCGUGUCAGGCUGCCGACCAGAUAAGCCAAGCUGAUGCGUUCCCGUC